UAGCUGCUAUAAUUAGUAUAUUAAAAAUACCUACUUGCAAGUCUGCCAACAUUGUGAUAACUCUAUGCCAUAUUUUCCUAGGACAUAGUCAAAGCAGCUCCCUAAGUCAGCAUCCCCCAAAGACGCAUACAGUACUGCUAUUCUUGAGCUGAAAGAACUAGCCCUUCAGUUUGUAUGUUGCACCCAUAAAUGGCCUUAUCUAAUACACCACUGCCACAAUGAAAUACUCCAUUGGAGAGAAUCUGAAUCCUUCAUGAAGACAUCCUCCUGAGGUCUUGCAUGAACACAGAUCCUAUUAAAUCUCUGCAGAAGAGAGACUGUUGCAAAAGGGUCCGUUUGCAGCACUCCUUUCUUUCCGGCAGCACUUUACUAUUGUGGCAAGUGUCUGUGCAGCGCUGUCUUGCAGCAUGCUAGAUCCUGAGGGCAGUGUGGAGCACAAGGCUUCCUCUUCCUUCCCCAAAGUUUUCCUCAUCCCUCUAGCCAUGCUCCUUGCAAUAGCAGCGCUCCUGCUCUUAGCAUUUUCCGCUACUCAGCAGAAAGAGACUGAUUUUUACACUUUCAAAGUUGUAAACAUCAGGGGCAAGCUAGUCUCUCUGGAGAAAUACAGGGGCUCGGUGUCUUUAGUUGUCAAUGUUGCAAGUGAGUGUGGAUAUACAGAUAGCCACUACAAGGCCUUACAACAGCUACAGAGAGACCUUGGCCCAUACCAUUUCAAUGUGCUGGCAUUCCCAUGCAAUCAGUUUGGGCAGCAAGAACCAGACAGCAACAAAGAAAUUGAGAGUUUUGCACGGAAGACUUACGGCGCCUCUUUUCCUAUGUUCAGCAAAACUGCCGUCAGUGGUGCUGGUGCAAUUCCUGCCUUCAAGUACUUAAUCGAUUCUACAGGAGAAGAACCAACAUGGAACUUCUGGAAAUACUUGGUGGACCCUAACGGGAAAGUGGUAAAAGCCUGGGACUCUACUGUCUCUGUUGAAGAAAUAAGACCUUAUAUUACAGAACUUGUAAGGAAAAUCAUCCUGAAGAAGAAAGAUGAAUUGUGACUUUCAAAAGUUCCAGUAUGCCAGUUACACCUUUAUUGAGAAUUAAGACUGGAAUUUGUCUUUUUACACUCCAGAAGAGGGAAUAUGGGAAAGGGAAAUCAUGACUAAUGGAAUCUAUAUUCGCCAUCCUAAGAAUACAAGAUUGUAAGUUCAUAUGGUCAAAGCAAUUUAAGUUAUUCUCCAGCUGAAUUCAAUUUGACCUUUCUGGGAAAGAAGACUUACCAGCAAUUGUUUCUUUCCCAAUUCAAAUUAUGGAUUGUUGAAAACAUUACAGAAAGUCAGUUAGUGUAUCUCUAGGAUGAAGGCUGAGAAUAAUUAUAAAUUCCUUAAAGAGGUAUCACUGCCACCUACAAUUCUCUUCUCACAUUUUGAUGAACUGAAUUAAAAAAUAAAAAAAGAGUAAAGAACAUGAUUGACUUAGGGCAUGCACUCGGGCAAAAGCCAAAAUAGAUAUCUUCAAACCAGGCAGACCUAAUAGAUAUUCGUCUUUCUAGUUACCAAGGCCAAACACAAUUCACUGUAUCUGUCUGGGUAGUUAAUUAGGAAGGGCAUGAGGAAAACUUGUUUAUAAAACUGAAAUGAAAGAAUUAUGAAGAUGAACUCUCUGCAAAAAUUAUCAGGUAACUAUCAGAAGAAUUACUACAGUCUUUCACCCAGUAAAGAUUAUCAGAUGAUAUUUAAAUAGCCAUUUGAACAUCUAUAGGGUCAGAGCCUACAGGAAAUGGACAUUUCUUUCUUACAUUAUCAUUCUGCCUUAGGAAAAUCACUCUUGCCUCAUACAGUCUGAUUAGGUUUAUGUUUUCAGUUCAUAACAUCAUCUGAUUUUGCUGCAUGUAGAGACAAGCAUUAGAGAAUCAACAUUUCAACAUGGAAAGCAAUUUUUAAAAAUUUAAUGUUACAUUGUUAUAUAAUGCUCCAUUGUUUAUGUUACAUUAAUAUCAUAAUGUUUAAUGUUACAUUUUUCAAAUGUGUUACUCCAACAUCUGCUCAGACUCAUAGCUCUCUUAGCUCAUAGUCCUCUUAGCUCAUACUAGAAUAAUAGCACAAACACGGCCUCAUUGUUCUUUGAACAACCUUUUGAA